AUGGACAACAAGGUUGGCCAAGACGAUAAACAAAAAUAUGUGGCAGAGGAAAAGGUAGCUCCAUCAUGGAAGAGAGAAACUCAAGUUGAGGGUGAAAAGGAGGACGGUAAUACCUACUCGUCGAUGGUAGCAACAACCUCAACGCAGAACGCUGUUAUAGGUAACACCAGUCAGUUGAGCACAACAGAGGUUGGAGCAAAAACAACUAGUUCACUUGAGUCACCAAAAGCGCAAACUGCGCUACAGUUAGACCAUAUACUCACUUCACAAACGAUUUCUACCACUUCUUCAAGCCCGUAUAAAUCUAAGACAAUGUUCUUUCAACCCGAAAACCACAACUCGUCAGACUCUCAAUUUCACACUCAUUACUCAGACACAAACGUUUCCCCAAAAAGCAGAGAGAUUGUUGAAGACAGUAAGUUGGCUCUAAGACUUGCAGAAAUGGAAAGCUCAAGUUCGUCAAUAAGUCCUGAACAACCAGACGCAUUAUCAUCGAAUUUAAACACUUCCGAAGCUGUCGAACCUAAACAAAUAAUUCGAAUAGACAGAGAUUACACGAGUGGAGAACUGUGUCAAUUUCAAACGGCUUUUCCUUUAGAGAUUGAUGGGCGGGUCAAUCCGAGGAGAUUUCAACAAACAAUAAAUAUUUUAAAUGAAAUGUUAACAAAAGCUCAUAAUCCAAGAUAUAAUAUGUUCGACAAUUGUCUUGCCUGUUUAACGAUAUAUACAUCAACGCUGUGUUUACGGUCGCAUUUCGAUCGGCUUGAGCUUGAACUAUAUUGA